AUGUUGUCAUCCCGUCUCUCCCGCGCGCUCCCGCGCGCUGCUCCUCUCGCUCGUGCUCCCGCUUUCAGAGUCCCUGGCGCUGCUUUCCGGAGAUGGAACUCGACCGAGGGUGAGGAGAAGGUGAAGGGCCAGGUCAUUGGUAUUGAUCUGGGUACUACCAACUCCGCUGUUGCCGUCAUGGAGGGCAAGACCCCUAAGAUCAUUGAGAACGCCGAAGGUGCCCGCACAACACCCUCUGUGGUCGCUUUUGCUCAGGAUGGCGAGCGCCUGGUCGGUAUCGCUGCCAAGCGUCAGGCCGUUGUCAACCCCGAGAACACUCUCUUCGCUACCAAGCGUCUCAUUGGUCGCAAGUUCACCGACGCCGAGGUUCAGCGUGAUAUCAAGGAGGUCCCUUACAAGAUCGUCCAGCACUCCAACGGCGACGCCUGGGUUGAGGCUCGCGAUCAGAAGUACUCUCCUUCUCAGAUCGGUGGUUUCGUUCUCAACAAGAUGAAGGAGACUGCCGAGAACUACCUUGGCAAGCCCGUGAAGAACGCUGUUGUUACCGUCCCCGCCUACUUCAACGACUCCCAGCGUCAGGCCACUAAGGAUGCUGGUCAGAUCGCUGGUCUUAACGUUCUCCGUGUGGUUAACGAGCCCACUGCUGCCGCUCUUGCCUACGGUUUGGAGAAGGAGGCUGAUCGUGUUGUCGCUGUUUACGAUCUUGGUGGUGGUACCUUCGAUAUCUCCGUCCUCGAGAUCCAGAAGGGUGUCUUCGAGGUCAAGUCUACCAACGGUGACACCCACCUUGGUGGUGAGGACUUUGAUAUUAGCAUUGUUCGUCACAUUGUCCAGCAGUUCAAGACUGAGUCUGGUCUUGACCUCUCCAACGACCGCAUGGCUAUCCAGCGUAUUCGUGAAGCUGCUGAGAAGGCAAAGAUUGAGCUUUCCUCCUCUCUGCAGACCGAGAUCAACCUUCCCUUCAUCACUGCUGAUGCCAGUGGUGCUAAGCACAUCAACCUCAAGAUGACUCGUUCCAACCUCGAGUCUCUCGUGGAUCCUCUCAUUAAGCGUACCAUUGAGCCCGUCCGCAAGGCCCUCAAGGAUGCCAACCUUCAGUCCAGCGAGAUCCAGGACAUCAUCCUUGUUGGUGGUAUGACCCGUAUGCCCAAGGUCACUGAGUCUGUCAAGUCCAUGUUUGGCCGUGAGCCCGCCAAGUCCGUUAACCCUGAUGAGGCUGUUGCCAUCGGUGCAGCUAUCCAGGGUGCUGUCCUUGCUGGUGAGGUUACUGACGUUCUCCUCCUUGACGUUACCCCUCUGUCCCUCGGUAUCGAGACCCUUGGCGGUGUCUUCACCCGUUUGAUCAACCGCAACACCACCAUCCCUACCAAGAAGUCCCAGACCUUCUCCACCGCCGCUGAUUUCCAGACUGCCGUCGAGAUCAAGGUCUUCCAGGGCGAGCGUGAGCUCGUCAAGGACAACAAGCUGCUUGGAAACUUCCAGCUUGUUGGCAUUCCUCCUGCCCACCGUGGUGUUCCUCAGGUUGAGGUCACCUUUGACAUUGAUGCUGACUCCAUCGUCCACGUCCAUGCCAAGGACAAGUCCACCAACAAGGACCAGUCCAUCACCAUUGCCUCUGGCUCCGGUCUCUCCGAUUCCGAGAUCCAGUCCAUGGUUGAGGAUGCUGAGAAGUACGGUGCUCAGGAUAAGGAGCGUAAGGCUUCUAUUGAGGCUGCCAACCGUGCCGACAGUGUCCUGAACGAUACUGAGAAGGCCCUCAAGGAGUUCGAGGACCGCCUUGACAAGGCUGAGGCUGAGCAGAUUCGUGAGAAGAUUGCUAGCCUCCGUGAGGUUGUUGUCAAGAACCAGUCUGGUGAGGUCACCUCAUCCGCCGAGGAGCUUAAGCAGAAGACCGAUGAGCUCCAGACCGCUAGCUUGACCCUCUUUGACAAGAUGCACAAGGCUCAGUCUGAGCAGCCCCAGCAGCCCCAGGGCGAGAACAAGGCUUAA